UAAGAUAUAUAUCAAUGUGUCAACAAGUACAUUAUUCAUAAUGAAAUAUGAUAUUUUGUAAAGACUGAAAAAGAAUAACAGAACUAAAAAGAAAUACCAAAUGUCUGUGCUUAUGUUAUCAUAUAAGUCAACUCAAAUCAAAGUCAAAAAUGUAGGGACACCCCGUACGACACGCAUGCGCACUAGGUGGUGCAUGUAUCAUAUAAUAUCUGCUUCCUGAAAUGAUUGGAAUGUGUGUGCUAUUAUUUGCAGAGGAAUAUGUUUUACUAUUUCCAUUUAGUCGUGCACCAUCACCCCCCCCCCCCCCCCCCCCCCCACACACACACCACACCCCACCCCGACCCUCCUCCACGCACGCACACGCACAGGACUGGCAUGCAAUGUGGCGUAUACAAUAUGAGGAUCCCGCCAGACGGACACAGGAAGAGUCAAUUUAACGCGCCAAAGCCCCCCAGCCUGAUUGCGUCAUGUCACCGGGAAGCAGAUGAGGAUAGUAAAACUAGAUUGGAUGCGAAUUAGGGAGAUUGGAGGAGGUAAAAUGGAAAACCCCCCCCCCCCCCCACCCACCCCCCAAGGCAAGGAAAGCUGGUGAACGCAUGCAGACACAGAACCUUCUCACGCACGCACACACACACACACAUACACACACACACACGGACUCCCCCAUCCUCACCUCCCCCAAGAGUGCGGCCAAGUAGGUGAUGAAGAAGAAGUGGGGGCUAUAAAACACAACAAAUCAUAAAGUGCAGUCUGGGGGGGCGCAGAUGAAGGAGGACUGGCGGGAGACGCGUUAGCCUCCUCUUCCUCCUCCUCCUCCUCCUCGUGCUGGUGGUGUGUGUGUGUGUGUUUGUGUCAUUGUUGUGUUGUUGCUCGGUUGCCGUCCACCUUCCUCCGCCUCGCCGUCCUCAUGAGCUCCUACUUCGUCAACUCCUCUUUCCCGGUUGGAGGCGGGCAGGCGGCGGAGUCCUUCCUAGGCCAGAUCCCCCUCUACUCCCCCGGCUACGCCGCUGACCACCCGCUCAGACAUUACCCGGCGGCGGCGUACGGGGCGCAGGAGAAAGCCUACCCGCCUUCCAGCUACUAUCAACCGGCCACGAGCGCGGCGUACAGCGGGCACCGGGCGGGCGUCGCCACCACCGUAGCCGGCACGUGCGACUACGCCACAGCCGCUGCCGCCGCCGCCGCGGCGGCGGCAUCGAGCUUCUACCGGGACAAGGAGUACGCUUGCGGUCUGGACGAGCACCCGCUCUCCCUCGGCCAGCAGGACGGCGCGCAUCGCAAGGCGGACUGCAAGGGACUGUUCGGGGACGCCGGGGACGACAAGAGCGGACCGGCGCACAUUUACCCGUGGAUGCAGAGGAUGAACGCCUGUAACGGGACGUUCGGCAGCCCCGGCAGACGUGGGCGUCAGACCUACACCAGGUACCAGACCUUGGAGCUGGAGAAGGAGUUCCACUUCAACCGAUACCUCACGCGCAGGCGGCGGAUCGAGAUCGCUCACGCGCUAUGCCUCACGGAGCGCCAGAUCAAGAUCUGGUUCCAGAACCGCAGGAUGAAGUGGAAGAAGGAGAACAAGCUGAUUAACUCCUCCACCUCCUCCACCUCCUCCUCCUCCUCUUCCACGGUGAACGGGGGGGAGGAGGAGGACAAACGGACGGAGUGAAGGUGAAGCUGCCAGGAAGAAAAGACACUCCAAGCAAAGUGGAUGCUUCUCAUCUCACCCUCCUUCCGAAGCGCGGGAAAGGAAGCCAUGCGUUGAAUGACUGAGAAGAAGAAGAAGGAGAAGAAGUUCUGACCAGGCAAGAUGGAGAAGGAAAAGGAGUCACGUGACUUUGAGGUCCACACGAGCACGGAUAUUUAGAAAGGAAAACAAGCAUAUUUUCUGUAAAAGUUGUGUGUGGGUCAAAAGUGGUUUUGAAAACCUGUUUCCAUGGAAACAUGGUGUAAUGUAGCACUCUACAAGUCACGUGACUGCCCUUUCAGGCCUCCUGAUUGGACAAAAUGAACAUCUUUUUAGGUGGAUUCUUUUUUUAAGCACUCUUGAGUUUUUUUUGUGACAAAACGUGCAUUUCAAGGAAAUAUCCGUGUUGGUGUGGACACGCUUUCAUUUCAAUGAGGGAUGUUGCGCUUCCGAUUUGACUUGGGAAAUGUACAGUAUGUUAUUUGGCACUCACAUUGAAAAAAAAAACGUUUUUUUAGAAUUUUGUGUGUGUGAAAUAUGAACACACACGUCUUUCUCUUUUCUCUGUGUUGUAAAGAUAUAAAAAGAGGUAAAAAAAAAGAGGCAGCUAAGAAUGCAUGUGAUGGGACGCACCUCUAAAAAGGUUCCAUUUUCAUGCAUAUAAAGCAUAUUCUUCUGUACAUUGUUACGCUCAAAAACUACGUUACUAGUGUAGUGACACCAUACGACAUCACAGCAGCAGCUAGCUAGGCUUCUAGCCAGCUAGCAACUAGCUUGAGCACACAGCAACUACGUUACUAGUGUACUGACACCUUGCUACAUCACAGCCGCUAGCUAAGCUAUAGUAGCCAGUUAGCGACUGGCUUGAGCACACAGUAGCUACGUUACUAGUGUAGUGACACCUUGCCACAUCACAGCGGCUAGCUAGGCUACUAGCCAGCUAGCAACUAGCUAGAGCGCACACUGGUUCCCAGUGGGCCACUAUAGCCAAAGGUAACGCUACAUAUUGGAGCUAGCUGUCUUUGUGUUUUGGAGGCUAGGUGUAGCGUUGCUAUGUGUUGCUAAGUUGCUAUGUGAAAUCAAUGCACCCAGGAAGGAAGUUCCCAACGUACCACAAGUACUACUGCUGUUAUCAUGAAUGUAGUUGUUCCUACAUGCUCACAGCAUGGAUAGAAAACUUUGAGGGGAGCUUUUUCGAGGUCUUUUAAUAGCCCAAAAGGUGUGUCCCAUGAUGGGCAUUCAUUAGCUGCCUCUUUUCACCUGUUUUUUUUGAACUGUGAACUAACAAUAUUGUGGAUGAUUGGCACAAUUCCCAAAAAAAGUGCACUUUUCCUUUAAGGCUGAAAUGAUAAGCAGGGUGAUGAGCAUAUAUGAUUUGGUAAGAACGCCAAUGAAGGGAGGGGUGGCUAACGUGCUCUUGUUAUCCUUAAACUACCUAAAACAUGCAGGAACGUCUCCAUGAUGACUUAUUUGAUGUUUUGUCAAGUACUUAGCAUAUAUCUAUAUAUACAGUAUACUACCUAUAUGUCCAAUAAAGUACAAAGGAAUGUAGUGCAAAGUGUGCAGUGAAUGUUUUUAUAAGACAAAAGAAGCAGUGGUGUCCAAACUGCAGCCCGCGGCUUGUCGCUUUAUUGACGUCAACAGAAAACAAACAACAAUAAAAACAAAACAAAGC